AUGGCUGAAAUUGAUCAUCUCGACAGCAACGCUGCAGAGAAAGAGUUAGCAAGGAAUGAGGACAUGGCCAGGAAAGAAUCGGUAGAUGGCCAAUCUGACGAAUCCGAGCGAGGCCAACAAGAUGAACAGGCAAGGUCUCCGACUUUGACGCAGGAACCUCCAUCUGAGGCUUCGAGAAAUGAUGCGCAACGGCUACAACAGUACUCUGUCUUCACCACAAAGGAGAAGAGAAUGAUGAUCCUCGCCGGUUCUUUCGCCGGAUUUUUCUCUCCUCUAUCAUCGACUAUUUAUUUCCCGGCGCUCAACACCAUUGCGAAAGCAUUACACGUGUCUGGAUCGAAAAUCAACUUGACUGUGACCUCAUACGUGAUCCUCCAAGGGAUAGCACCCAUGAUGAUUGCCGGAUUCUCCGAUAACGUAGGCAGACGGCCAGCCUAUGUCCUUUGCUUCACGAUUUUCCUAUUUGCAAAUCUGGGGCUAGGAUUACAGAAUAGUUAUGCGGCAUUGCUAGUCCUCCGUUGCUUGCAGAGUGCUGGCAGUAGUGGGACAAUUGCUUUAUCGAACGGUAUUGUUGGCGACAUGGUGACAUCAGAAGAACGAGGGUCAUAUAUUGCUUUCGCUUCAAUAGGAGGUCUCUUGGGCCCGGCAAUUGCCCCGGUCAUUGGAGGCGCAAUAACUCAGAGCCUCGAUUACCAUUGGUUGUUCUGGUUCCUCCUGAUAUUCACGGGCGUCUUCUGUGUGCCACUGUUUUUGUUCAUGCCAGAGACAUGUCGCAAAGUUGUUGGGGAUGGUUCAGUCCCUCCACCAAAGUGGUAUUGGUGUUUGACGGAUACUUUACGAUUUCGGCGGCUCCGAAGGAAUGGAUUCGAAAUCGACAAGGCAAAACAGGCUCAGCUUCACCAAAAUCUUCGCUUCCAAUUUCCAAACCCGAUACCUACCAUACUCAUUAUCACUGACCCGGAAUCGUUCAUAAUCCUCGUCGCGACCGGUCUAUGUCUUGCAUGUUUCUAUGCAAUAUCCACAGGAGCGGCGUCAGCGUUUGGCGAGAUCUAUGGAUUCAACGACAUAGAGAUUGCGCUUGUUUUCAUCCCCGUGGCGGUUGGGGGCAUUGUGGCAGCGCUCACAACAGGGAAAAUGAUGGACUGGAAUUAUCGCCGACAUGCACACAAGAAGGGCAUUACUGUUGUUAAGGGCGUACGUCAGGACCUCGGGGAGUUUCCCAUCGAAACAGCUCGUAUGGAAGUUGCGAUACCGAUUGGAUAUGCAACGAUUGCCACAUAUCAAGCAUAUAAUGUGCUGAUGGUGGACAUUUGGCCGUCCAGGCCCGCUGCAGCCAGUGCCGCCAAUAACUUCAUUCGAUGCAGUCUCGGGGCAGCGGCAUCAGCAGCGAUAGAACCUAUGGUCAAGGGUACGGGGAGAGGUUGGGCAUACACGACCAUUGCAUUACUUCAAGGGAUCUCCGUGCCAUUUUUGUUCCUUCUUAUGCGGCAAGGGAUCCAGAUGCGGAAAGUUAAGGCCGAAAAACAGACUCGCAAAUUAAUCCAAAAGGAGGGGAGAGGUGAAUUACCAACCUAA